AUGGACCCGACCAAGAAGCGCCUAUCCGCGUUCUUCGACACAAAUGACGAGGAAUCUCCCGCUUCAAAGAAUGUCGUAGACUCCGAUAAGAUGAACGUGUUCGCACACGGCACCGUCAAGAAGUCUAAGCGCGAGAAGGAAAAGGAGGCAGAGGAAAAGAAACAAAGAGAGGAGGAGGAAUAUGCAAAGAAGGCCUAUGCAGAGUUCGUCGAGGCGUUCGAGGGCGAAGACACGGAUCGCAGCAGGCCGCGCAACGCUUUUGUGCGCUCGUCCAAAGAAGAGGGUCGAACAUACGCCCCGUCUGCGCCGCGAGCGCAAGCCUCCAGAACCAUGCGUGCGUUCGAAAAAUCCAGGUCUCCGUCUCCGGUAGGUCCUGCUAGGCCAAAGGGCAAGCGUGCCAUGGAUGCAUUCCUGGAAGAGAUCAAGAGGGAACAAGCCGACCGGGAAGCGCGAUUUGCGCGUGGAAGCGGAGGGCGAGAGCGCAGUUCGGCAACUUCGAUGGCAGCAUACGAAGGCCAAAGUGGCAGCAAAGAUCGUGGCGAUGCCGAGACCUCAAACGUCUUCGUCUCAAACUUGCCUAGCAGCGUGACUGAGCAGAGCCUCGGCAUGUACUUCGCGCGGGCUGGACCUGUCGGUUCUGUCAAGAUCAUGUGGCCACGGACAGAUGGCACACAAGGACCAGGCGCAGAUCUGACGAGCUCGCGUAGGGCCAAAGGCGCUGGCCUGAGUGGCUUUGUGUCAUUCAUGAAACGCAAAGGUGCCGAGAAAGCCCUACAAGACUUUGAUGGAUGCGAAUGGGAAGGCUCUGUUCUUCGUGUUGGUUGGAGUAAGGCCGUCCCGGUUGCCCCUUACGCGAAAUACUCGCUAGAACGAGCACCAGGCUCCUCCCAUAUCGGCGGGCCGGGCCGCUCUCCCUCGCACUCUCCUUCGCCACCUCGACGGUCAUCCAGACGUUCGCGUAGUCCUCCACACCGCGCUCGUGGACAUAGCAGGUCUCGUUCGCCCCGAGGCUACCGGUCGGACAGCCGUUCUCGCCACGACAGACGUGAUAGAUCUCCACUGACAGAUGAUGACGAAACCUCCGCCGGCUACAUCCGUACGGUGGCCAGCGAGGUUCGCGGGCACGGCGACAAAUACGAAGAGAGCUUGCGCGAACGCGAAAAGACCAACUCGCGCUAUGGUUUCCUGACCGACUCUCGGCACCGUAAGCAUCGGUUCUACAAGUCGCUUCUGGAUCGCGAGCGCGGCAUUGAGCCAGACUUUGUGGAUGAGGGGUACAACAGCAUCUAUUCGACUGAUUCGGCCGAAGAGUCGGAGCGAGAACAUAUGCGCAGAUCAAAGCUAGGUCGACUUGCCCGCAGGCGCUUCGAGGCGAUGCUUCGAGCACUGACUGGGACUCGCGAGGAGAUUGCACGGUGCAUGGCUUUCAGCCUUGAGCACGCGGAAGCUGCGAAUGAAGUCGCCGACAUCAUCAUCGCGUCGUUGGUUGUAGAUGGCACACCGGUGCCGCGGAAGAUCGCUCGUCUAUACCUCAUCUGCGAUAUCUUGCACAACAGCGCCGCGCCGCUGCCGAUGGCCUGGAAGUUCCGUCAAGAGUUCCAGAGCCGGCUUGGCUUGGUCUUCGAUCAUCUAAGCACCAUCUAUCACUCAUUCCCUGGGCGCAUCACCGCGCAGACGUUCAAGGCGCAAGUCACUUCAGUUGUCGAUAUAUGGGACGAUUGGAUUGUGUUCCCUCCGGACUUCACGGCUGAGUUAAGGCAACGUCUGGAGGGUCAAGAGAUAGCACUCGAGCAGACGGAGGAGCCUGCCGUCUCAGAGGCCGAAGUUCCUGUUCCAGUUGUGUCGAGGUUCAAGACGAGCGCCUUCAAGCCUGCCGAAGAUAUGGCGGCGGAGACGCCCGUCGCCUCGGCUGCGAGCGCGCCGGUGGAGAAUGAUGAUGAUGGCGAGGCGAUGGAGCUGGAUAGCGAAGCCGACGGCGAGCCUCUCCCCGAUGAUCUCGAUGGAGCCCCGCUUAACGAGGUCGACGGCGAACCGAUGUCUUCAGCGGCGGUGGACGUCGAUGGCGAACCUCUGGCUCUUGAUGGAGAGCCGCUCGAUUUUGACGCCGAACCGAUGGAUGACCUGGAUGGCACCCCCUUCAACGAUGUGGAUGGUGCACCCAUGGAGGAUGUGGAUGGAGAGCCCAUGGGUGAUCUAGACGGAGAGCCGAUGUCUUGA